CCCAGCCACUCACCACCACGUGCACCCCGCGACUCCCACAGAUCUCGCGUCCACCCCCACACGUCGCCGACGCGCUAAUCGAUCGCAUCCCUCCCAUCGCACCGCAGCAUAAGCUCGCGCGCCCUUCUGGACUCCCAGGUCACACACCACUCCUUCCCCUCCCCUGAUCUCCGCGCCGAUCCCCCACCAGCGCAGCAGCAGCCAUGGCGACCGCCUACAACCUCAGGUCCCGCGACGAGCCGGACGACUUCGACGAGUUCGACUCCACGCCCUACGGCGGCGGCUACGACCUCUUCGCCACCUUCGGCCGCCCGCUCCCGCCCUCCGACGAGACCUGCUACCCCUGCUCCGCCCCCUCCACCUCCUACGACGCGCCCCACUACGCCGCCGAGGAGCCCUCCCCCUACGCCCACCACCAGAAGCCCCAGCCCGCCUACGGCUUCCGCCCCCAGAACGAGCAGCAGCAGCAGCCCUCCUACGGCCGCGAGGAUGACUCCGGCUACGGAUCCAGGCCCAAGCCCAAGCCCCAGCCCGCAUACGGCUUCCGCCCUCAGGCGGAGGAGCAGCGCCCGUCCUACGGCGGCGGCGGGGAGGACGACUCCGGCUACGGAUCCAAGCCGCAGCCCGCCUACGGCUUCCGCCCCCAGCAGGAGGAGCAGCCGUCCUACGGCUCCGGCUACGGGUCCAAGCCCCAGCGCUCCGAGGAGGACACCUACGGAUCUGGCUACGGCCGGAAGCCGCAGCAGGAGGAGCCCGCCUACGGGUCCGGGUACGGCUCCGGCUACGGGAGGAAGCCGCAGGCCGAGGAGAGCUACGGAUCUGGGUACGGGAACACGACGCAGCCGGAGGAGGGCUACGGCUCCGGCUACGGGUCCAAGCCGCAGGUGGAGCAGACCUACGGCGGAUCGGAGUACGGCUCUGGCUACGGAAGGAAGCCGCAGGUGGAGGAGAGCUAUGGGUCGGGGUACGGAAGCAGGCCGCAGGGAGGGGGAGAGGAGUAUGGUAGCGCUGGGUAUGGUGGGAGGAAGACUGAGGAGGAGGGCUAUGGUGGCUCUGGGUAUGGAUCUGGGAGGAAGGUGCAAGGGGAGGAUGAAGGUGCGUACGGCUCUGGUGGGUACCAGAAGCCCAAGCCGUAUGGAGAGGAGACCCAGGGUUCAUAUGGUGGUGGGUACGGCGGGGGAAACUAUGGCCGCAAGAAGCAGGAUGAUGACUCUGAUGACGAGAAGAAGAACCGUUACGCCAAGCGCGAUGACUCCGAUGAUGAGAAGAAGGAGCGUUACGAGAAGCACCACCACCACCGCCGCCACAACUACGACGACUAAGCAUCCAGCAUGGUCUUGACCUGCUGCCAUCGCCCCACGUCUCGCUGCUACACGAAUAAAGAUGGUCUUGUUUCCCUUGUUGGUGCCGGAUCAUUCCCCUUUUUUAUGAACUUGUAUGACUGCAACCUAAAGUGUGCUAUGUGGGUGGCUUAUAUGUUUGAAUUAUCUCCUAUUUGUGUGCUUGAGGUUAUGUGUUUAUGUACGUGGUUCGCUGCA